AUGUCUACCUCUCCGCUCUCCCCUCGUGCCAACAUGGGCACUCACUGGGAGCUCUCGUCUGGCGCCUCGUCGCCCCGAUCCAACACUUCGAGCAAUACCAACAGCUUGUUCUCUUCGCCCGACUCCCCUACUGACACAGAGGUGUCGUUUCCGACCACUGAGAACGAAGACACAGAGAAGUCUUCCGGUCUUGCUCAGGCCCAUUUUGUCGUGACGCCAAGCUUCGCCAACUAUGUCUUGGUGGGCAACACUCCAUACGCCCCAAGCCAAGUGCAGGCGAUGCGCGAUGAACUUAUCCAAGCACGAAAAACCGGAGAGUUCCCUCUUACGACCUCCACCAUCAAUGACCCUCAGACCACAGUCGAGGACUACCAACAUCUUCAGCGUCUCCGAGAUGCACGGGGUGACCCUGCCAUCCAUCCUCCUCCCCAGCAGUACAACGUCAUCAAGGUCGACAUUGCUCGUCGCAUCAAGACUCGCGAUGAGAUGCAGGGAGCUCCAGCCAACUUCCAAGAGGUGGAUCACCGAGUUCAAAACUGGAUGAGCUCAAUCAACAAGGAAGCGCGCAUGUUAGAGAUUACACAGGCGGCACUUCAGCGCAAGGGCAUCAACAACCCCACCCAAGACGACUUGGACGCCAUCGCCGAGGAGUUCAUGCAGAUUGCGGAGCGCACUCUUCUUGACGUCGCCAACCCUCUGCGCAUGAAUGCAACUCGCAUGGAGGGCAACAUGAGUCGUUUCGAUAAUCAGCUUGAUGGCUUUGACGGAGCCAUGGCAGCCCAACUCAGUACACUCAGCUCUGUCUUAUCGGCCCUCAAUGACGCUGUCGGCACUUCUACGGAUGCAAUGGGCAUGCAGUUGAACACGCUCAAUACAAUUCUGGCGGCUCAGGGUAACACAUUCAAUGGAUCCGUCACGAUGAUCAACCAAGCAUUGAACAUCGUCAACACAGAUCUACAGCGACUCACAUCCAACAUCCCAACCAUGGUUGCAGCAGCAGUUCAAGCCGCUGUCAGGGAGCAUCUGUCAGCCACGCCUCAUCAGAAGAAACUAUUCACGCAACAGCAGGCCCAAUUCGACCAGCCACCUGGAUACGCUACUGCUACACAGGGCCAACAGUGCCAAGCGGUUGGUGGAGAGCUCUUUGGCGGAAGCAACCAGGCAGUCGUUUCUGCAGUCCGUGCAUCAGGACAAGAAUAUGCCCAGACCUUGCACAUGAACACGCAGCCCACGAAGUCGAGAUUCAGAAGAUUCUUGCGGGUCAUCACUGGAAGAGGACAAUCGAAGAAGGAGGCAGGUUCCAAGUAA